UCGCCUGCACCAUGGUUCUGUGCGCUCUGAACUAGCUGAUGGAGCUUUGUAAGAGAUCCAACUGGAAGUUGCCUUGUGAGGUUCCUGUCUGCUGAACUAGUAUUAUUGCGCUUCUGCAGGAUAUUUUAGGGUUUUCUUCGAGACAGUGUGAUAGAUAGGCAGGGGCUGUGUGACAGGGAGUUGGAAGAGAGGCGUGGAAAUUUUUGUUUCCAAGAGUGGUAAGAUGAAGGGAUUUGCGAGCCUUGGGAAGUCGAAGAAGCAGGAGAGCGGGACGUUGGAUUAUAGUAGAAAUGGGAAUGGGAACGGCGGGCCUGUAGUUCCAGCCGCGGGCACCUCUGUUUCUCCGAAGGUUAAUAGAAAAGUGGCGGUGAAGGCACCGAAGGACGAGAGUUCAGGGAAGCAAGGGAUAAUGUCUAAGAUAACGAGUAGGGCUAACUUGAGGUCGAAGCGAACCAAUUCGGAAAAGAAUGGCGGUGGAGUAACUGUUCCACCGGUGGUGUCUGGUUCGAAGUCCGACCAGGAGAUGGAGAAAGCGUUCAAGGUGUAUGACGCUGAUAAAGACGGAAGGAUUUCGCUGGCGGAGCUUAGUUCUGUUCUUACGUCUCUUUGCGGUGCAAUUUCGGAACAGGAGAUUGUCCAAAUUAUGGAGGAGGUUGAUACGGAUAAUGACGGGUUUAUUAGCUUGGCUGAGUUUGUUGCAUUUCACACGUCUAGCAAGCCUGGAGUUCUCAACGGCGAGAUUUCUCCCGAUAUGGAUCCAAUGAGAGAUGCAUUUCAAAUGUUUGAUAAGGAUGGAGACAGUCGCAUCUCUGCGAACGAAUUGCAGUCUGUUUUGGUCAGUCUUGGAGACAAAGGUCAUUCAAUUGAAGAAUGCCGCCAAAUGAUCAAUAGCGUGGACAAAGAUGGGGAUGGCCAUGUGGAUUUUCAGGAGUUUCUAGAGUUGAUGGGAUGUUCGUAAAUGAGGAUGUGCGAAGGGUCUGAAAUUUGCGGAGGUGAUGGUGACAUCAUGCAUUUAGCUUGUGUGUCGUUGCUAUCUCUGUUUGGACAUCUGGAACGGCAACUCAAGGCACAGAUGUGAAGAUCACUCGUGAUGUCCUAACAGUUUCCAUUCUGCGGGAUACCUUCAAGGAUAGAAUUUCGAGAUGUGCUCAUAUUGAGAUUGGGAGGUGCACAUUAUCAUUCUGACAUGACCAUACAGGAACUACUACACAUCAGUGCACCAACUUUGGUUUUCUCAGACCUGAUUCGACAGAAUUAGUAAGGUGAUUACCGCUCACAAGCUGUUGCACCUCAGUAACGUCUCCAUCAUGCAUACAUCGACCGACGGAUCAGCAAGAAAAAAGAUCCAAAUCUGUGAUUUUAACUGAUUAAGUGGAACAGUCAUACUGUGGUGUCACGUUGGAGGCUGCAUUGGUCUACCAAUUUUCGUUCCAAUUUCUUUUCUGAGUAAUACCUAUGGUGCACAGUUGUUACAUGGCCGUAGGAUUUACAAAAACAAUGCACUCGGUGUUUCUUAUAAGUCUCAGUGGUUCGAAUGUGGGAUCUGUACACCAGUAUUCAUAUCUUCAAUGUGCUUUUGUCCACUUGUGAAGGUGAUAUUAGUAUAUUGCGUAGAAUUAUAGCCUAUCCUUGGGCAGAUCUAUUCGGAUAGCUUCAUUAAUAUACAAAUGGUUUGCUAUUCAUUGCGUACCAGUUUGAAAUAAAUAUCCUUACAAUGAAAAGGAUUGGAUCAGUUAUUUAAGAACGUGCCCUGAUUUCAAUGCAAAA